UAUCGAAUGCACACGUGAUUGUUAAAAUGGCUGCGGUAUAUAGGCCUAAACAAACAAAAACAAACAGCGAACAAAUAAACAAGCUAACCCGCAAUUCUCAAAUUCUAUUAGCUUAUAAAGACAAAGUUGACUUUACGUAUAAUUAAUGGAAUGGCAAGUCAGGGUGUUUUAGAUACUGACAGUGAAGAUGAAAUACCCCCAGGCUGGGAAGAAAGAGUGACAUUUGAGGGAAAAGUAUAUUAUGCAAAUCAUGAAUCAAAAGAUACUCAGUGGACACAUCCUUUGACAGGGAAAAAGAAGGAAGUAAAGGGAGAGCUACCUUAUGGUUGGGAAAGAAAGAUAUCUGAUACAGGUGUUAUGUUUUUUGUUGAUCAUGUGAAUGAAAAAACAACAUACACUGAUCCCAGAUUAGCCUUUGCUCAAGAAAAGAAAGAUUCCCCUCUUGAUUUUCGUCAGAAAUUUGAUGGUAGUUCUACAGCUCUGUCUGUAUUACUAGGAAGAGAUUUAAGUAGCAAAUACAUGAUAGUAACAGGAGCCAGCAGUGGUAUAGGUUUUGAAACAGUUCGUUCUUUAAGCCUACAUGGUGCUAAUGUUGUCAUGGCUUGUAGAGAUUCAGAAAAGGGUAAUGUUUGUGUGGAAGAAAUAAAGAAAGGCAACCCAAAAGCUAAUGUUGAAGUAAUGUAUUGCGAUCUUGCAAAACUCAGUACAGUUAAACAGUUUGCUGAAGAUUACAUGAAAAAAGACUGGCCACUGCACGUAUUAAUAUUAAAUGCUGGUGUAUUUGGUCUGCCAUAUGUUGAAACAGAGGACAGUUUAGAAACAACUUUUCAAGUAAAUCAUCUGGCUCAAUUUUAUCUUACAAAACUAUUAACGGAUUUGUUAGUAAAAUCAGCUCCAGCUAGAGUUGUAGUUGUUUCUAGUGAAUCUCAUAGAUUUACAGAUUUGAAUAAGUCAAACAUCAGUGCAUCAAAGUUGUCACCAGGAGCUAACAAAUAUAACGAUAUGAAAGCAUACAAUAUGUCUAAACUAUGUAAUGUAGUAUUUUCUAAUGAACUGAACAGACGUCUUAGAAGUCGUUAUGUAACAUCUUUAUCAUUACAUCCUGGUAAUAUAAUGAGUACGGGUUUACAGCGUAAUUGGUGGAUAUAUCGUUUACUCUUUAUGAUUGUUCGACCAUUUACAAAGUCAAUGCAACAGGGAGCAGCUACUACUGUACUUUGUGCAGUAUCCACAGAACUACAAGGGAUAGGAGGAAUGUACUUUAACAACUGUUUUCAUUGUUAUCCAUCAGAAGUUGCAACAGAUCCUGUUCUUGGAGACAAGUUAUGGCACAUCAGUGAGAACAUGCUGGAAGAUUCUUUGAACACUCAUUCAAAAUGAAACACAUAAUGUGACAGAGCAGUGAAAAGAAGAUUAUGACAUUCCUGGAUUUGUGUGAUGUAAAACAUCUCAUUAUGAGGCAUUAGGUUUGAGAUUUGUUUUGAAAGUGGAACCAGAAAUCUAGCAUAUAAGAGAAAAAGGAUGAUGUUUAUGUGAAUGGUAUUUCAGUUUUAAUGUUCAGAUAGUGUGAGAAUUUUAAACAGUUGGACAUUUUAACAUGUUACAGACAUACAAAUUUGAAACAUCUUACAGAAAUAUGACUUUUCCAACGUGAAAAACAAGAUAAGAAAAAAAGGAAUUCAAUUGUACAUUUUGCUUUUUUUGAUGUACAUUUUUUAUGUGGACUUUUUAAAUGCCAGUUGGACAUUUAAUGGAAAAUAUGGCCUAAAUCAGAAUACUGAACUGUAAGCAACCAUUAAAAUAAUUUUUUUAAAAAUUGACAAUUACUGUAUGAUACACAUACUCCCACAUUGAAACCUUGUUGGUGAAUAUUGUUGUCACCUCUGUCCAUCCGUCCAUCUCACGUCUAAAAUUGCUCAAGAGACCAGAAUUAACAUCUGAUUGACUUUAAUUUCAACAAUUUAUGUUAAUUAUCCCACGCCUUUCGAAGAAAGCAAGGGACUAUUAAAAUGGGUUUGUCAGUCUGACCGCCUGUCUGUCCGUCACACUUUUUGGGACACAAUAACUCUCCUUCUAAUUGAGCUAGAAUGUUCAAACUUGGUGUAGGUGUUUAUUAGGUCAUAGCCUUCAUGUAGUACGAAGAUGAGCAUUUUCUGCUUAGGGUAAGCAGAGAUAAGCAAUUUGAUUGGUUGAAGCUUUGGGAUGCAAUAACCUUCGUUCAAAUUAAGUGAGAGUGAGAAAACUUUGUGUAUAGUUUUACCACAUCACUACCUUGACUAAGUUUGAUAAUGCGCAUUAUCUGCUCAGGGUAAGCAGAGCAUUAAGCAAUUUGAUUUGAACACAAUAACUCUCCUAAAUGAGGUAGAAUGUUCAAUCUUGGUGUAGGCGUUCAUUAGGUGAAUGCCUUGAUGGAGUUCGGUGAUAAACAUUGUCUGCUUACGGUAAGCAGAGAUAAGCAAUCUGAUUGGUUGAUGCUUUGGGGCACGAUAACUUUGAUUAUAAUUAAGUGAGAGUGAUGAAACUCUGAGUAUAGAUUCAUCAUAUCAUUACCUUGACUAAGUUCGAUGAUGAGAAUUUGCUGCUUAUGCUAAGGAGCGAUAAGCAAUUUGAAAAGGUGAGGACCUUUUAACAUAACAACCCUGCUUUUAAUUGAGGUAGAAUGUUUAAACUUGAUGUAAAUGUUCAUUAGGUGAAUGUCUUGACUGAGUUCAGUGAUUAAAAUUUCAAGCUAAAGCUAAGCAGAGCUAAGCAAUUUCAUUGGUUGAUGCUUUGGGACAAGAUAACUUUGAUUCUAUCUGAAAGAGAGUGAAGAAACUUAAAAUUAGUGAAUAGUUGAUAAUCAGUUUGAUUGGUUGAUACUUUUGAAAAAAAUAAAUGUGCAAUUGAUUAAUAUGUGUCAUCUAUUUAUUUCGGGAUUUCGGCGGGGAACAUCAUCUUCACUGUUGACUUGUUACUUCUAGAGUUAUGGUCCUUUUUUUAUUACUUUGUUGAACCUUGUAAACACUCUAACGACUAAAGUUAUCAUAUUAAAUUUACAUCUGUUAUUUGAAUUAGUAAAACGAAGUAGCCUACUGAAUUUCAGCUAUUUCCGUUUAAAAGUUCUAGAGUUAUGACCCUUGUUUUCUCUUUGUUGAACAUUGUGAACAUCCAAUCUGUAUUUAAUUUGUAUUAUUUGAAUUAGUAAAACGACGAAGCCUAUUGAAUUUCAACAAUUUCUGUUUAUAACUCUUAGAGUUAUGGCCUUUGUUUCACUUUGUUGAACCUCGUGAAUGCUCUCAAUUAAAUUAUCGUCUGAUCUAUAUUAAAUUUACAUGUGUUAUUUAAAUUAGUAAAAUGAAGAAUCCUAUUGAAUUUCAGCAAUUUCUGUUAAUAACUUCUAGAGUUAUGGCACUUGUGAAUGCUCUAUCGACAAUAGUUAUUAUCUGAUUUGCAUGAAAUUUAUAUGUAUUAUUUAGAUCAGUAAAACAAAUAAGCCUUUCAACAAUUUCUAUUAAUUACUGCUAGAGUUAUGGCCCUUGUUUCACUUUAUUGAACCAUGUUAACGCUCUAACGAUUAAACUAAUCAUCCGAUCUCUAUGAAAUUAAUAUGCAUUAUUUAGAUUAGUAAAACGAAGAAGUUUAUUGAAUUUCAGCAAUUUCUGUUAAUUACAAUUAGAGUUAUGUCCAUUGUUUCACUUUGUUAAACCCCUUGCGAAUGCUCUAAUGGAAAAUGUUAUCAUCCGAUCUGUCUUAAAUUAAAUGUAUUAUUGAGAUUAGUAAAAUGAAGAAGGCUA